CAGCGUCUCGGUGGGUGCGCGCGCGGCUGUGUGUAUUGUUUGACGAGAGUGAGGCACGUGACUUGGGGGAGGGCGGGGAUUGGCCGGCUCCUGGCAGCGGUGUGAUCCUCCGUCUUCUCUCAGCAUCCUCCGGCAGACAGCGGGCCCCUGGAUACAGCGCACCCCUGGGGCCCCCGGAGCCCUCCUGAACACCACCCAGGGAUCCCCUUCCUUCCCCCCACUCCAGUGUGGAGCUCGGCUGCCCUCCCCUCUCCAGCCUCCUGGGAGAUUGAGGAAUGAGAGAGUGCCACCAUGAUGGAAGGACUGAAAAAACGUACAAGGAAAGCGUUUGGUAUACGGAAGAAAGAAAAGGACACUGAUUCCACGGGAUCACCAGACCGAGACCCCGGUAAGAAAGCCAAUGGGGCACCAAAUGGAUUCUAUGCAGAGAUUGACUGGGAGCGAUAUAAUUCUCCAGAGGUGGAUGAGGAGGGAUACAGUAGCAGACCAGACAUUGAACCUGGCGCAACCAAAGGAAAACACUUCUACUCCUCAAGUGAGUCGGAGGAAGAGCAAGAGUCUCGCAAGAAGUUCAACAUCAGGAUAAAGCCUCUCCAGGCCAAAGACUUGAAAAGUGCUGCAUCGGUGGAUGAGCUCAAAGCAUCCAUAGGAAACAUAGCACUGUCCCCGUCUCCUGUGAGGAAAAGUCCGAGACGUAGUCCGGGCUCAAUUAAAAGAAACUUGUCACGCGAAGAGAUUGCUAGGCCGAGGCGUUCGACUCCCACGCCUGAACUUGCAAGUAAGAAGACACCAGCUGAAUUAUUCGGGCCUCCUCUGGAAUCUACCUUCGAGGAGUCCAAGUCUGAGGUUCCUCUAGAUCAGCCCGAAAUAUGGGGAGCUUCACAACAAAAUAUUGCAACUGCAGAAUCCCCAAACCUGUCAAGACCAUUGCCCACGGGAACACCUCCACCUAUUCCACCCAAAAAUAUUCCAGCCACUCCACCAAGAACAGCUUCGCCAUUGCCAGCAGAGAUAGGUGAAGAAGAAGAUGCCGAAGAAGAACAAGUUUCAAGGAUCAAUGACAUGGACAGUAUUUUCGGCCCCUUAUUAUCCCCCAGGUGUGUGGCAGUCACCUCAGAAGAUAAAUGGAUCAGGUUUUCUGACACUUCCCCAGAAUCAAUCUCCCCCGUCCCCGCUCCUUGUAGAAUGGCCGAGUCCCCUUCAGCUGAAGAACUCGAAAGCCCAUGUGAACCUUCCUCGCCGCCACCACCGCCGCCUCCUGUAGAGAUCUGUCGAAAUAUACCUUCCCCGCUCAACCUGGAAGAGGUCCACAAGAAAAUAGCGGAACAGUCCUUCAUUAAAGAUGAAGUAUUAGAAACGACAGCGUCUCCUAAAGAUUUUGGGCUGGGACAAAGAGCUACACCACCCCCACCUCCGCCCCCCACAUACAGGACUGUGGUGUCUUCUCCUGGGCCCAGUUCAAGUAGCGGCACCGGAAGCGCAAGUGGCACAUCGUCUCCUGCUCGCCCUGCGACUCCUCUCUCCGCCUGCAGUACAACCCCUCCACCACCUCCUCCUCGCCCACCAUCUCGGCCUAAACUUCCUCCUGGAAAACCUUCAGUUACAGAUGUGUCACGGCCAUUCAGUCCCCCUGUCCACUCCUCCAGUCCACCUCCCACCGCCCCUCUAGCCCGAGCUGAGAGCACGUCGUCUAUUUCCUCCGCCACGUCUCUGAGUGCCGCCACCACACCGACAGUUGAGAAUGAACAGCCUUCCCUCAUUUGGUUUGACAGAGGAAAGUUUUAUUUGACUUUUGAAGGAUCUUCCCGAGGACCCAGCCCCCUGACCAUGGGGGCCCAGGACACCCUGCCCGUGGCAGCCGCCUUUACGGAGACGGUCAACGCUUAUUUCAAAGGAGCCGAUCCGAACAAGUGUAUAGUGAAAAUUACCGGUGAAAUGGUUUUGUCCUUCCCGGCUGGCAUCACCCGCCAUUUCUCCAACAAUCCAACGCCCGUGCCCCUGACAUUCCGGAUCACCAACUACAGCCGAUUAGAACAUGUGUUGCCAAACCCACAGCUCUUGUGCUGCGACAACACACAGGCAACUCCGAACGCAAAGGAAUUCUGGGUGAACAUGCCAAACCUGAUGACCCAUCUGAAGAAGGUGUCGGAGCAGAAGCCGCAAGCCACGUAUUACAAUGUAGACAUGCUGAAAUAUCAGGUAUCCUCCCAGGGCCUUCAGUCCACUCCUCUGAACCUUGCCGUAAACUGGAGGUGUGACCCCACCAGCACAGACCUCCGAAUAGAUUACAAGUACAACCCUGAGGCCAUGACCACUCCCGUAGCGUUGAACAAUGUCCAGUUCAUUAUCCCGAUAGAUGGUGGAGUAACGAAGCCGCAGGCUGUACUGCCCCCCGCUGUCUGGAGUGUUGAACAACAGAGGAUAUUAUGGAAAAUUCCUGAUAUUUCUCAGAAAUCUGAAAAUGGAGGGGUCGGCUCGCUGCUUGCACGAUUCCAGCUAUCAGAAGGCCCGAGUAAACCAGCUCCAUUAGCCCUGCAGUUCACUAGUGAAGGGUCAACGUUGUCCGGCUGCGACAUCGAGCUGGUUGGAGGAGGAUAUCGCUUCUCACUUAUUAAGAAGAGGUUUGCAGCAGGAAAGUACUUGGCUGACGUCUAGUCGAAGACCGCCCACAAGGAGCAACAAUCCCCCCCACCCCCCGAUCCGGUUUUAAAUCAAAGCUAAAGGAACAUGAACUCAUAUUGGGAAACCUGGGGAACUUCUGCCGGAGGGCUCCGUCCGUUACAGGCCGAGCACUUUUUCCUCAGAGUCCUUUGUGUUGCCCCGCCCUGCAGUAUUUAUUUCUAGGUGUAAUAUUGUUGAUGGUUUUAAACUUGUAAUUAUCGUAUUUGUAAAUUGUAUUUAAUUCCGUAAGGCUGUAUUUUGGCAGUUAGACUCUCGUAUCAGCAUUUUACCAUGGAUUCAAUGGGUGUAAUUUAAACGGUUAUAUAAAAAAAAAAAACA